AUGACCAAUCGGAAGGAGUGGCUGCAAAAUUUCAGAGCAUCACCGAUCCCGUACGUGCUGUUGGGAGACGAGGGGAAACUUCCUGUGAAAGGGGAAGGAGAUCUAGUGCUGCAAAGUGCUUAUGGUGAGGUGAAACUGGACAACGUGCUGCUGGUGGACAAGCUCACACUCAACCUCAUAAGCCAAUCGCAGUUGGACAGCGGUGGGUGCGAGACUUUCAGUGACAAGGGCAGCAUAUGGGUGUUCGGUUCGGAUUGGAAGGUGAUAGCGGAAGGAUCACGCAAGCAAGGGCUGUACGAGAUGAAGCUGCACGAAAAACAGAGUGGGGAGAAGCCCACGUACAUGGCUGAACCGGAAGCGGGCAAGGUGGCACGAGAUGAGCUACGCACCAAGUUGAAAAAAGUUCCGAUCAAGGAGCUGCAGCAGCAGGCGCUUCCUAUGGCUGCAGCAGUGAGCACGGUAGACGUCAACCUGCUGCACAGGAGGAUGGGGCACGCUGGUCACACUCGAAUCAAGCAGCUGGUCAAGAAGAACAUGGCAGCAGGAGUGAAGGUAGCCGAGGGUGGAGAGGAAAAUCUGAAGUGCAGCACUUGCGUGGAAUCAAAGGCAACAAAGGCACCACAUCCCAAGCAUGGAGUCCGUGAGCCAUACGAGACAAUGGCUAUUGUGGCAGCCGACGGUGAAGAAGAAAAUGAUAAGGGAGAAGAAGCGGGUGACAGCGCAACGAAUGAAGCCGGUGAGGAAGAAGCUGAGAUUUCUGAUGUGGAAGAGAGUGUGGCUGAAUCUGCCAGCACGGGGUACUCCGACCCAUGGCGCAUCAUUGACACGGGGGACAAUGAAAAGGCGGCAGCAGAGAUUGAAGACCUACUUGUGGACGGAGCGAUCAUCAUCGGAAGAGAGAUUGAAGGAGAUUCCGUGCAACAAGGAACGGAUGAUAAUGCAGCAGCAGAGAAAGGUGGAGCUGAAAAUGAGAAUGAGGAGAUGGGCAAAGGGAAACGGGUCAAGAAACCCAACCUCAAGUUCCAGGACCCCCAGCUAUUCACAGAGUUCACGGGCUGGCACACGGUCACAGUGCGCCUGCCAGACAACGACUGGUUUCAGGACCCCCAGACAUUCACGGAGCUGACAGGCUGGCACACAGUCACAGUGCGCCUGCCAGACAACGACUGGUUCGUCUCCCUCACUGCUCCCACCGGGGGCGUGGGCGUCUAUGUCUAUGAGUCCCUAGGGAAGAAGACCACAGGCGCUUCAGAACCUGGCACAGACUCCUCCUCUGGUGUUAACAGCUCAGGCUCAGCUGCUGAAGGCUCGUCGACUCAAAAGUCAACUCCUCCACCCGCCUCGCCCACCGCUUCGCCUUUUGAGUCGACUCAAAAGUCAACUCCUCCACCUGCCUCGCCCACCGCUUCGCCUUUUGAGUCGACUCAAAAGUCAACUCCUCCACCCGCCUCGCCCACCGCUUCGCCUUUUGAGUCGACUCAAAAGUCAACUCCUCCACCCGCCUCGCCCACCGCUUCGCCGUCCACAAAGGAGUAUCUGCGGCCUUCCAACGGCACGGGGGCGAAUGUGCUGCUGGCGAGCGUGGAUGGGUGUGUGGAGGACGGCGAGAGCGGUCUGCAGCGGUGCAGACAGGUACGGUGUGGUGGUGAGGUGUUGGACGCGGUGCAUGUGCAAGCAGGGGUUUGCAGCGGUGCAGACAGACCUGUGCCAUAUGGACUAUCUGUCUCCCGCAACUGUGCACCAGAAGCAGCAGCAGCACUGGCAACACCACCAACAGCACCAGUCCUCACUCACUCCCUUCUCUUCACUCCUCUCCCUCGCGUCUCCCAUGCCCCAGACCUGUGCCAUAUGGACUAUCUGUCUCCCGCAACUGUGCACCAGAAGCAGCAGCAGCAGCACGGGCAACAGCAGCAGCAGCGCCGCAAGCACCAGUCCUCCCACGACUCUGCCCUCCUGUUCCUACCGUCCCUCCUGCCCCUCACCUCCUUGCCUUGCCCAUACCCUCCUCCGGUGUCCCCCUUCUUUCCCUCCCCAUACAACGCUAGUCCCCUGCAGCAGCAGCAUCCCAGCCACCUACAACAGCAGCGGCACCGACAGCACCAGCAGCAGCAGCACCAGCAGCAGCAGCACCAGCAGCAGCAGCACCAGCAGCAGCAGCACCAGCAGCAGCAGCACCAGCAGCAGCAGCACCAGCAGCAGCAGCACCAGCAGCGCCAGCAGCAGCAGCACCAGCAGCAGCAGCACCAGCAGCAGCAGCACCACUCCUCUGCUCCUGAAGCGCUCCCCAUGUCCUCCCCGCACCCCUCUUGGCCUGCCGGGUCUCUCUUGGAUCCCUGGGCUGGCAUGGCGUCAGUGCAGCUGGUAUGUACUCUGAGGCAAGUUCUUCCCAUGCUCUCCUUCAGUCCAGUCUCCACGCUCCUCCUCACAAGAGUGCCGGUGCUUUUCGCUCCAGCCGACAGCUCUUCCCCUCUCCACCGACCUCCUCAUUCCUCCCAGCCACCGAAGCUGCCUCCUUGCACCUCACCCACCCUUCCAUCCCCUCAUCCUCACCCAUUCUCCCCCCCACCCCCUCCAGCCACCUCCUCCCAGCCAAUCGCAGAAGCCCAGCGGCUCGUGCGGCAACUGACGGAUCAUGCAGAGCUGGUGGAUUACAUUCGAGCAACGCACCGCAGUCCCUCCCGGCGCUUCUCUGCCGCCCAGCAGGCUCUUUUCGUCCGCAUCCUCGUCAUGGCGCUGCAGUCAGUCGUGCAGAAGAUGCCGAGCGAUGCCGUCCAGGCUGCCACCCACUUGCUGCACAUCUUCAACGACGCAGUGGUCUCGCCAGACGCCUCGCCGUGCCCCCAAGCGGAUUUUAUGGUUCUAUGGGACUCUGCGUCCUUCACCCGCCGCGCCAUAUCAGACGGGCAGCGGGUCACGUGGGUGUGGAACGACGACGACUACCACGAGCUCUCAGCAUGGGCGGGUUCGGAGCCGUUUCUUGGGUUUGGAGCGGGGCGGCUCGGCCUAUCACGGCUUGCCACAUGUGCAUGGGAUAACAUUGGGCCCAGAGAUGCCUCGGAUGAGCCUGCGCCAUGCGUGCUGCGCUCUCCCGACGACUCAUCACCGCCCCAGUUCGCAUACACCAAGGUGUUUGGCACGGCUCGAGACAUAGCUGUGAAGGACUCGCCUCAGUCACUCGCAUUCACCCUCAUCCGCGCCAGGAAUGAUUCAGCACCCCAGCCCCGCGACUCUCUCCCCCCCUACGCGCUCCUCCUCGCCUCUCUCUGUGCGCCGGACUGCCGUCUCUCCAUGCUCGCCAACGGCCGCUGCGACCAGCCCUGCAACGUGGCUCUCUGUGACUUCGACGGGGGGGACUGCGCUUGCGGCGGCGCUGGCAGCGGGAGUAUUGGAAGCAGCGUGAGCAGCGGCAGUGAUGCUGCUGGUGCUGGUGGUGGGAGUGGGAGAGGAGGCAGCGGCAGUGGCAGCAGUGGCGGUGGUGCGAGUGCGGGUGGGAGUGUGGGAGGAGGAGUGGGUGUGCAGUGGUGCACAUGUCCUGUGUUGCAGAUACGGGGCGAUGAUGGAGCGUGCUGUGAAGCAGCAGGAGCAGGCACGGGCAUCAAGGUCCCCUUCAGUCUGCAACGAUUCGGCCCCACAGUGCAUCCCCUCCUCUCCACUCUCGGCAGCACCGCUACUGCUCUGCCUCGUGUUGUGUCCCAAUACAACAGGGUGCUGAUGGGUCUCAUCAUCGUACAAUACCGCUGGGACUCUGCAGACUGUGCCACGAGCAGGUUUCACUUCCAGGACUUGUGUGUGAGAGGCGAGUCAUCCGAGGCUUUCGGGGUGAACCCAGUCUUCCUUCCGUCCUCCUCGCUGUACAACGCCAAUGCUGCUGCCAACAUGACCGCCUACACCAACGAAACAUUUGCCAAUCCCUUUGAGCUUAACGCCAAGGGGUUGCCAUAUGGCUUUCAGCAGCUGCCUGGCAGCAGCCGCUUCCCGCUGGUGUUUGAUGUGAAUCUGGACAACGGGGCAGCAACACGGCGGCUGCAGUACCUGGUGGACGGGUUCUUCGUGGACAACUACACGCGCAGCAUCGACGUUGUUCUUAUCACUCGCAACGCCAAUGAGCAACUGUUCACCGCCACCAAAGCCACCCUCUCCCUUCAGCCGGGCGGCAGCAUGGACGCUACUUUCCUAAUCCAGCCGGUCAACGUGGAAUACUACGACCUGAAUGUGACAAACAACGUGAUACGGCUCGUCCUGGAGCUGCUGUUUGUGGCCGGCGUGGUUUGGAACGUAGUGGAGGAGGUGAAGGAGAUGAUGUGGAUUUGGAAGGUGCAGCGAAGGUCCUUCUGGCAUUACUGGCGGCAGGGGUGGAACUGGGUGGACUGGCUUUCCAUCUCCGUCCAGAUUCUCUGCAUCUGCAUGUGGAUAUCAAUGGCAGUGCUAUCCGGGCAGAGCUUCAACAUGCAGGCACGCUACAACAUCUACUACACUCUGGAUGAGUACCCGCGCUACUGGGCCCUCCCCAACCCGCCCUCGGGGUACCUGGCUGCAGUGGCUGCUGCUGACAAACUGGGCAGUAUUAUCAACACGAGCUCAGCUUACUUCGCUCUGCAGGGCAUGAAUGUGUUCAUCAUGGUGCUGCGAGUGCUCAAGCUGAUGGACUUCCAGCCGCACAUGGGCAUCAUCACUCGCUCCAUCCGCGUCGCCCUCCCCUCCAUCCUGCACUUCUUCCUACUCUCCCUGGCUGUCUUCCUCGCCUAUGCCACCUAUGCCUACCUCGUGUUUGGCAUGACCAUGGCACAGUUCAGCACCCUGUGGGGUGCCAUGCAAACCUGCUUCCUCAUUAUCCUCAACGACAACAGUGUGCAGUACUUUUUUCAGCACAUGGAGAGCUGGCAAUACGUCGCGGCGAUGAUCUUCUGGUUCUCCUUCGUCAUCAUCUUCUUCUUUGUGCUCUUCAACUUCCUCAUCGCCAUCAUUGUUGAUGCGUUCAUGGAUGUGAAGGACGCAGCAGAGAGUGCAUCGGCAAUAUACGAGGACAUGUACCUCAUCGUGCUGCGCUUCUUCCGCCGUGUUGCAACGCCUUAUAGCGAGUACAGCCGCCUGCUGCGGCACCUCAUUCGCCUGGGAGCAGUGGACACGGCCCAUACGGUCAUGGAGAAAAGCCUGUGGCAAUCGGCACAGCAGAGCCUUGCUAGGAGCCUUCGGCACAGCCCGGCAAGGGAAGGGGGCAGCAAGCAUGUGAGCAGUGGUGGGGGCAAUGGCAACAGCAGCGGCGGCAGUGACAGUAGGGCAAGUGAUAGGGGCAGCAAGAAUGGCAGUAUGGGCAGCAGGGAGGGCAUGAAGGAAUUAGUAGUGGAGGAUGGUGUGGAUGAUAGUGGGUCAAGGAGAGGUGGGUUGGAGGAUGGGCGACGAGGGGGAGCAGAAGUUGCGGAGGAGGGGAAGUUGGGGACGGAAGAGAGAGAAGCUCUGGUAAGGGUGCAGCGGCAGGGGAUGAUUGAUGGUAAAGCGGUCAUGAUGAGGGUGCAAGGGCGGGGGAUGUUGGGAUUGGGAGGGAUGGUGGAUGCAGCUUCUGGCGCGCCUCAUAGGCUGCAAGGGGCAGGAGCUGAAGCUUCCAGAAUGGACACAAUCUCUGAGGCGCCUCAACGGCUGGAAGGGGGAGGGGCUAAAGGUCGGAUCAGAAUGCAAGACGAGGGGAUGGCAGAAGCAGAGAGAAUUCAACCAGGCGUGAGUGAGAGAGACGAGGGGGGUGAGGGUCUUAGGAGUGGCACGGAGGUAGUGAGAGAUGGUGGGAGUAAGUUCUCGGGAGUGUCUGCUGCCAGAUCUGCUGCUGAAGGGGGGAGUGCGAUGGUGUGGUCGCUCCGAAGGCGAGUAAGCUUCUGGCGGGAGGACUCACUGGAGGAGCGGCAGCGGGUGGUGGCUGUCGGGGGCAGGCACCUCAACGCCCUCUCGCUCUCUGCUAUUCUGCAACGCGCGCUAGCCAGAAAGGUGUGUUGGUGGGAUGCUGCGCUCGGUCCCUCCCCGCUACACCCACCACCUAGAAUCCAUCGACCCGCCAGCACUCGUCAAGAUCUCUCGCUCAGGGGCAAGAAAGAGCCUCUGCGCUCUGUCCCUCCUCGCUACACCCACCACCUGGAAUCCAUCGACCUCCCUGCACUCGUCAAAGUCCUUCUCUCGGAGACAGGAGAGAACCUGUCCCGUUCCGACCUCAUGGCCCGUGCAAGCUCAGCUGUGGCCAUGUCUCGGCAAAAGCGAGACAUGCUGGCAUUGCAAGAGCGAAUGGGAGCCCUCCAAACAGACCUGACUCAGAGGUUUGACGAGCUCGAACGUGGGAUUAUGGAUCGGUUACCGAACCAAGGUCAUGAGAAGGCGGGUCGUGAGGUUUGGACGGAGCAGGUGCGGCGAGAGGUGGAUGCUGCUCGGAAGGAGGCUCGGCGGGAGGCCUGGGAGCAGGCACGACAGGAGGUUGAGGAGGCUCGGCGUGAGGCACGAGAGGCUCGGGAGGAAGCUCGGAGGGAGCGGGAAGGGUUUGGGGAGAUGCUGAGGGAGUUGAAGAGGGAGAUGCAACUGCUUCGGGUGGUGGGGGAGAGGAGAGAGAAGGGACGAGGGGACGAGAGAGGGGACGGGAGAGGGGAGGAGAGAGGGGAGGAGGGAGGAGGGAAUGUGGAAGUGGGACCUUAA